UAUAGACGCGGCAGCCAUCCAUCGACUGCUCACUCCAAUUAAACAUCAUCCCUCUCUUCCCUCUCUGCAAUCUGUAUAUACAGGCAUACAUACAUACGGCUGAGCUCGAUCCCCUCCGGUCCAAGCUAGCUAGCAGGGUGGGAGAGAAUUGCUGGGCGUGGCCGGGAGCUAGGCAGAGCUCAAGGAGGAGGGAAUUGGCCGGCGGGGAGAGGAGGAUGGGGAUGCGGCCUGGGUGGGUUGGCGGCCUGGUGGAGGAGACCUUCUUCGUGGCGUGCUCGGCGCACGAGAGCCGCAAGAAGAACGAGAAGAACAUCUUCUGCCUCGCCUGCCGCACCAGCAUCUGCCCGCACUGCGCCCCCGCCCACCGCCACCACCCGCUCAUCCAGGUGCGGAGGUACGUGUACAACGACGUGGUGCGCCUGGACGAUCUUGAGAGGCUCAUCGACUGCUCCUUUGUUCAGCCCUACACCAUCAACAGCGCAAAGGUGAUAUUUCUCAAACCCAGGCCUCAGUCCAGGCCUUUCAAGGGCUCCGGCAACGUCUGCUUGACCUGCGACAGGAUCCUCCAGGAGCCCUUCCACUUCUGCUGCCUCUCUUGCAAGGUGGAUCAUGUCAUGAUGCAGGGCGGCGACCUGUCCAACAUCCUCUACAUGUCCGGUGAGCCCGACGUCGCCUGCUUCCCGAGGUUCGAGAACCUCCGCGUCGGCAGCGGGUCGGCGGACAUCCUGGACGACGGGUGCGCCACCGGCGGGCAGAUCACCCCGAACUCCAUCCUCGAGGACCCGAUGCACCACUACGGCGGCUCCAGCUACCGCAGCGGCGGUAGCAGCCGGAACGCGCGCGGCUUCGACGCGGCAGCCAGCGUCGACGUCCCCAUCCCCGUCCCGAGGAAGAAGAAGUCGGGGGGCUUCUUCCCCCAGAUCGUCAUGUCCCUCAACAACAGGAGGAAGGGGGCGCCCCACAGGUCUCCGUUCGCCUGAUCGACGCACGCAUGCAUGGAUCGCUACCUAGUACAGUUCGAUCAUCCCCCCUAUAUAUGUGUGUUGAUUACUAGCUACUAGUACUAUUAGCAGUACGUUAAUUGUAAUCCUAUGAUUAGGCAUGUAGAGAGAGAAACAGAGAGGUGUUGGUUGGUUGGUGGGUGUGAGAGGGAGAGGGAGAUGGUCUUUGCUGCUAGGGCCAUCUUAGGGCAGUGUUUUGAGGAGACUUGAGUGUGAGAGAGAGGGGGAGAGAGAGAGAGAGAGAGAGAGAGAGAGAGAGAGAGCAGAGAGAAGAAGCUAAUUAGCCUGCUUGCAACGCCCCCCCUGUUACAGGACUAGGUGGGCACCCACACGGCCUGGUGGGGCACCUGAUUCAGGGUGCACCAGAAAGUCUACGUGGCCACCAAUUUUGUACUUGACGUAACGGGGGUCACGGUUGCUCGCACACCUGCAGGUGCGGCUUACACUUCCAUGACCAUAUAUAUUUGUCCCCACAUAUAUGUAACAAUCAAUAAUAGUGCUGUGUUUUGAA